AUGACUGCUCUACCGGUCGAGCUACUCGAACACGUCUUCGAGCUGUCGCUGCCCCCAACUCCACCCGCAAUCCGGCAACUCACCUCGAGCGCCGUCUCGCCGCGCCCACUCGCAUGCUGGUCAAACUGGAAGGAGCGUUCGGCGACUCUGCGGACCCUGUCACUCGUGUGCCGCAGGUGGAGGGACUGGGCGCAGCGGGAGCUGUGGAGGCACUGCGUCCUGAGGGACGAGUCGGACAUCCGGCUGUUGCUCGAGGCAGGGAACGCGAUGGGCGUCGCUGAACGACGGCGACGAGGGUUCGUGACGGAGACGGUCAGGCUGGGAGGAGCGGAGAACGGAAGACCGCUGUCUGGGAAGGACUUGGGUGCGGUCCUGCGGUUACUCCAGGCGGACGAGGUCGACGAGGGAGAAGGCAUCAAGGAGGUGUGGCUCGUGACGAUGCGCGGCGUAGACCUGCGCGAGAUACGGCAUCUCAAUGACCUGCGCACCCUCUUCUGCAACGAAAUCACCCUCUCCGUCUCAACCGGUUCUCCGCAGACACCAGUGUGCCAUCCUCCUCUUCGACUCCCCCGUCUUCGCUCCGUCACCCUCCAGCUAGUCGACAUCGACCCGUCCCUCCGCACCAUCAUGUUCGAGAACCACCGCUUCCCCGCACUCGAGAUCCUCGACUUCGACAACUUCGAGGCGUUGACGCAGUGCUUCGACGGUAAUCCGGAUGCGAUGCCGAAACUCAAGGCGAUCAACCCGGCGAGGGACACGCAGGCCGAGUACUUUGCCGCGCUGCAGAAGGACGAGUGGGACGAUGCAGACUCCGUGGGCAGCGCGUACGACACCUACAUUCCGAGCCGACCACUCACACUGGCCGACCUGCCGCCGCCUCCGCCCGCCUUCCCCCUCCCUUCGCUUCCGUCUUCGUCUUCCGCCGCACCACCGCCUGCCCCUCUCUACCCUCCCGGUUACGGCUGGCCGCCACCACUCUCGAGCGCUCCCUACCCACCUGCCGACGUACCGCUCUGGCCGCCCGGCUACAUCCCAACACCCUCUCCCGACGGUCUCCUCACCAUCUGGAUGAGCGACGACUUCCUCAAAUACCUGCCCUACUUCGCCCCUUCCCUCCCAAACGACCUCGUCAAGCUCACGCUCAACUUCUCGAUCGACGACGUCGAGCGCGAACACUUUGAAGAGUUCCUCUCGAACGAGGACUUUCUUCGGAUCCUCGCGCCUGAGCAAUCCAGCUCAACUCGCAGCACACAGUCCCCGACCGGCGUCACGCACAUCCACUUGAACGACCCUCACUUCCUCAUCGAUCUCACGAAGCGCUGGCCAGACCUGUCAAUGAUCUUCUUCGCAACCAUGAAAGUGCGCGGGAUGACCUUUACGCAGGGACCGCAACCUGAAGACGCGGAUCGCGACGACGAGGUUGAGAUGAACGGCGUCGAGGCGACGAUGAACUUGGACUUCUUGCUGGAUGCGGAGCGGGUCAUUCGGAGGCAGAAGGAGGAGGAGGUUAGAGCGGAAAGGGUGGCGCGAUUGGUAUGA